CGUGAUUCUUUCAUGUCCAUAUCUGCUGAUAUUCUUUUCCACUCUAUCAUCAUCCUUGUUGUGCCUAUUACAAUGAUCUCUGCCUCUAUAAAUAUCUCCUCUACAUGCUUAGAUUUGGGUGCAGAGUUCUUUUGUUUUCACAUGGCACCUGUUGUGGAUAAUUUUCUUGCCUUUCACGAGAUAUCCUUGUGCGGGGCUCAGUCGUCAACAUUAUUAUAUUGAUUGAUCGGCUUUUGUAUAAAUUUAUGCGGGAUUCUUCAGUUUGCUCUGCUCAUACCUUUCAAUCUUACCGUGGAGGUUGAACUCAGUUGUUCUUGAUGAUAAAGAUGAGGUUUUUGAUGCUGUCAAGAUUGUUACUAUUGAGCACCCUUUUCUCUCUUCUAUGUGAAGAAUUGGUUGUCAGUAAGGAGUGUACUAAUACUUUUCCCGAGUUGUCAUCACACACGUUUCGUUAUGAGUUGCUCACAUCAAAGAACGAGACUUGGAGAAAUGAGGUAUUGGCUCAGAGUCACUACCAUUUGACUCCAAGUGAUAAUUCUUACUGGGCUAAAUUGCUGCCAAAGAGGAUGGUGAGGCAAGAGGAUCAGAUUAGUUGGAUGAUGUUGUAUAGACAAAUAAAGGAUUAUGGAGGGAACAAUAAUGGAAAUGCAGGAGCUUUUCUGAAGGCUGUGCCUCUGAAAGAUGUGAGGUUGGAUCCUAGUUCAAUUCAUGGAAUGGCUCAGCAGACUAAUUUGGAGUAUUUGUUGAUGUUGGAUGUUGAUAGAUUGGUAUGGAGCUUUAGGAAGACUGCUGGUUUGCCUACUCCUGGUCAGCCAUAUGGAGGUUGGGAGGCUGUGAAUUGUGAGCUUCGAGGUCACUUUGUAGGACACUAUCUGAGCGCCUCAGCAUUAAUGUGGGCUAGCACUAAUGAUAAUACCCUCAAAACGAAGAUGUCUGCUGUUGUUUCCAUUCUAUCUGACUGCCAGAAGCAAAUGGGUACUGGAUAUCUUUCUGCUUUCCCUUCUGAAGAAUUUGACAGAUUUGAAGCUUUAAAAACAGUCUGGGCACCAUAUUAUACAAUUCACAAGAUAAUGGCAGGUCUUCUCGAUCAGUAUACAUUUGCUGACAAUGAGCAAGCAUUCAAAAUGUUGAAUUGGAUGGUUGAUUAUCACUUCAACCGUGUGCAAAAUGUGAUUCUGAAGUACUCGAUUCAAAGACAUUGGUCCUCACUAAAUGAAGAAACUGGUGGCAUGAAUGAUGUUCUUUAUAGGUUACACGCGAUAACGGGUGAUCAGAAGCACUUACUGCUAGCUCACCUUUUUGACAAACCAUGCUUUCUAGGAGAGCUUGCCGUCAAGGCCGAUGACAUUUCUGGUUUUCAUACCAAUACACAUAUUCCAGUUGUUAUUGGAGCUCAAAUGCGGUAUGAAGUUACUGGUGAUCCCUUAUAUAAGGAAAUAGGAACAUACUUCAUGGAUAUGAUCAACUCAUCUCAUGCCUAUGCAACUGGAGGAACAUCAGUCAGCGAGUUCUGGUCAGAUCCAAAGCGAUUAGCUAGUACUCUGCAAACUGAGAAUGAGGAGUCAUGUACAACAUAUAACAUGCUCAAGGUAUCACGCAAUCUAUUUAGAUGGACCAAAGACAUAAGGUAUGCAGAUUACUAUGAAAGGGCAUUGACAAAUGGAGUACUGAGCAUACAAAGAGGAAGGGAACCUGGAGUUAUGAUCUAUAUGCUUCCUCUUAAACGUGGGGGUUCGAAAGCCCAAAGUUACCAUAAAUGGGGCUCACAGUUUGAUGAUUUCUGGUGCUGCUACGGUACAGGAAUUGAGUCUUUCUCAAAGUUAGGAGAUUCAAUAUACUUCGAAGAGGAGGGAAAAGUUCCAGGUCUUUAUAUCAUUCAGUAUAUACCAAGCUCAUUUCAGUGGAGAUCUGGAGGAUUUCUAAUCAACCAGACCAUAAUCCCUGUUGUCUCGUGGGACAACCGCCUUCAUGUGACAGUGGCAAUUUCUUCAGAGCAAGAGGCAGCUGUGGUGUCUACUUUGAAUUUGAGAAUACCAACAUGGACAAGUACAAAUGUUGCCAAGGCACUACUGAAUAGUCAAGAUUUGAUCCUGCCAGUGCCUGGAAACUUUCUCUCUGUCACUAGAAAGUGGAGCCCUGGUGACAAAGUCACUCUUGAGUUUCCCUUAAGUCUUAGACUUGAAGCCAUUAAAGAUGAUCGGCCAGAAUAUGCUUCUCUCCAGGCAAUUCUUUAUGGUCCCUACCUUCUUGUUGGUCUGUCUAGUGGAGACUGGGACAUCAAGACAGAGCCCGGUGCAUCUCUUGCAGACUGGAUUACUCCAAUUCCAGCAGACUACAAUGCUCAUCUGAUUUCUCUAUCCCAAGUGUCUGGGGAGGCGGAGUUUUCCCUGACAAAAUCAGAUGACUCCAUCCAAUUGCAGAAGCUUCCUGAACCUGGAACAAAUGAUGCUGUAGAUGCGACAUUCAGGCUUAUCCUAAAAGAACCAUCAGACGUAUUUGCAUCGCCAGAAGAUGCUAUAGGGAAAUCAGUCAUGCUAGAGCCAUAUGGUUUUCCUGGAAUGCUUGUGGAGAAUCAAGGUGUAGAUGAAACACUCCGAGUUGUUCCAGACUCGUCCAAUGACAAGGAUGCAGCUAUCUUCCAUUUGGUGUCUGGGCUGGAUGGGAUGGACGGAACCAUUUCUUUGGAAUCCGAAAACCAUAAGGGUUGUUAUGUAAGUAGUGGCCUGAAUGAUGGUUCAAAUAACAUCACACUUUCCUGCAAAUCUGGAUCCUCAAAUGCUGACUUCUCACAGGCAGUGAGCUUUAAAUUGGACAAGGGAAUCAGUGAAUACCAUCCCAUUAGCUUUGUUGCCAAAGGCACAGAUAGAAACUUUCUCCUGGCUCCAUUAUUUAGCUUGAGAGAUGAAUCUUACACUGUCUAUUUCAACAUUCAAUGAUAGAGUAUAGUUUGCCAGCUGAAGUAGAUUAUAAGAAAAACUAAUUAAGUGAGACUGUUGCGCUUUAUAAUUCAUAUCGUUCUUAGGCUAGAGUCAAGUAAUUGUAACUAUAUGAAAUGUAAUACAUACAUGGAAUGUUACAAAGGUAAGGCUCGUUCUGAGUUUGAAUCGUUUUUCUUAUAAUCUGGCUGUUAUGCCUAAUUUGUAGUAAUGAGACA